AUGUCAACAAAUGAUCCUUAUCAGUUUAGUUCUUACAAUGAUACUAUAACCUGGUCUAAUGAAGAUGAGUUUGAGUUAGAUGCAUUGAGUAUAGCAGAAAAUUUAUAUAACUCAGAUUCUGAAUCCAAUUCAAGCACACCGGAUCAAUCUACAUCACAAAAUACUAGCGUCACUGUUACAAACAGCUUAGGUAAACGAGUUCGAAAAAAGAAAGCCCUUAUUUAUACUAAACAAAGAGAAAAAAGUUGGAUGUGGUUUUAUUUUAAACGAAGCCAACCUGACAAAAAGAUAUAUUGCCAAGUUAAAGUCACAAAUGAUGAUGGUAAUAAAGAAUCCUGCAAUCAUGAUUAUGAAUUAACAACCAGAACAGGAAAUUUAAAGGCCCAUCUUUGCCAAAUUCAUAGAAUUUUGCUUCCUGAAAAAAGCAAUAGCAAUUCAUUAACCAAAAUUGUUUCAAAUCAGUCAUCAUUAGAUGAUUUUAUGAAUAAAAAAACACCUCUACCUUCUUUAAAACAAGAAAAAAUUGCAAAUUAUAUUUUAGCUUGGAUUAUAGAUGAUCUUCAACCUUUUAAUGCCACUACUAAUAACUGCUUUCGAGAUCUUAUUCUUGAGUGUGAGCCGAGAUUCAAGUUUCCAUGUUACGAUCAACUAAAAGAAAAAUUAAUGCAAUCAAUAUCAAUUGCUAAACGACAGCUUAAAGAUCUAUUACAAACAAUGAUGGAUUCUUUCUGUUUUACAACAGACCUGUGGUCUCAAGCUCAUCAACCUUAUAUUGCCAUAACUAUUUAUUAG